AUGGGAAAGCGCGCGAACUACGUGUCGCAGGACAUGGCUGCGGCAGCUGCUUUGCUGGCUAAAGUGAAGGGGAAACCGAAGCCAGCUGCCCCGAAAGCUGCCCCGGCCACUCCUGCAAAGACCCCCGAAGCAGAACAAGCACCAGCAGAGACCCCGGAUGAGAAGAUGACACCCAUCCGCAGCCCUUACCAGAAGAAGAGCAAGACCGAGGAAGUGGCAGAAGCCAGCACUUUCUUGACACAUGCCUGCACCGUCACGGAGGAGCCAGAUGCAGAGACCGAGACCUGCCUGGACCAACCGAUGCCAAGCCCGGAGCCUCCUACGAUCCCAAAGCGGGAGCCUUCGCAAACCACACCGGCUAAGCAGCUCUUUGCAACCCCUGCCAAAGGUGACACCCAGAUUGAGACCCAGCUGGAUGCACAUGAUGAUUUGUCAAACAAGCUCCAGGAGCUCUUGGAAGCAGAGUACGAGAAGAUCGACACUGAGGACGACAAAGCCGAGCAGGUGGAUGACCAAGGCAAGCAUGCUUGGAGCUCGUCGUGGGACGAUCAUCAUGAGGGCUGGAGCUCUCAGUCAUGGACCGAUUGGAGCUGGGACCGCUGGGACUCCUGGACUAGCCCUUGGGGCCGAUCCUGGUCACGGAAGUCCUGGAGCCACGAGGAUUGGCACGAAGAGCUGCAGCGUGGACCAUCGGUGGAUUUGGCACCGUACACUACGCAUGAGCCGGACCGCAAGGAUGAGAACGAGCAGGACCGGGUCUAUACAGCCUUGAACAGGCAGCAGACGUCUUGGUUGGAUCAGUCCCGACCUGCUGCAUGCCCGCUCCAAGAUCAAGAGCCGAGCCGCCCGAAGAUGGACCGGGAGGAGCCAACGAAGACAGUCACAGCGGAGCAGCAGGCGCCGAUCCCCCCGAAGAUCCACCAGCAGGCCGAGCCGAAGAACACAGUCACACCGGAGCACCAGGCGCCGAUCCCCCCGAAGAUCCACCAGCAGGCCGAGCCGAAGAACACAGUCACCCCGGAGCAGCAGGCGCCGAUCCCCCCGAAGAUCCACCAGCAGGCCAAGCCCAAGAACACAGUCACACCGGAGCAGCAGCAGGCGCCGAUCCCCCCGAAGAUCCACCAGCAGGCCGAGCCCAAGAACACAGUCACACCGGAGCAGCAGCAGGCGCCGAUCCCCGCGAAGAUCCACCAGCAGGCCGAGCCGAAGAACACAGUCACACCGGAGCAGCAGCAGGCGCCGAUCCCGAUGGAGACAGACCAGCAGGACCCGAAGAACACAGACCAGCAGGACCCGGCAACGACGAAGCCAGUCCAAGUCAAGGAGGAGCAGAAGAUGGGUGGUCCCGGAGAUGAGUGGCGCUGUGACAAGCGUGGGCGGCUUCUCAAGCCACAUGCGCUGUACAUGAGGUUCUACCGGAAUAUCAGGUCUUCCAGAAGCUCCGUGAUCGGUCGACGUGUAGUCGAGACCGUGAGCUCAAACUCGGAGGAAUCCGAAGACAUGUACGAGUUCUGGAGCUAUCGGCGUAUGGUGGACGAAUUAGGACAGGACCUAGCUGACGACCUAGUGGCCCGCCACAAGAAGGAGGAUCCCAAUGACAUGUAUCGGUACAAGAACUAUGCCCGGACUGCAGACUACAAGCGCAAGAAGUUCGAGACUUCAGCGGAGUUUGAGUGCACAGCCCAAGUCGAGGAAGAGGCCAACAACAAAGCCAACAACGAGCUCACCGAGCAGGAAGGUUUCGAGACAGCCCUCUUGGAAGCGGGGGUGGGCCAGAAGAUGAUGGAUGCGAUGAUGGACGACCUCGCGCCCGCCCUGCAGGACCUCAAGGAAGCCAAAGCCACGGUAGCUAUCGCAUUGGGCAAAAAGAAGGAUGAUUUGCAGGCUCCCACCGAGGCCUUAUUGAAAGCGCUCUUGAAUUUCAAGAAGCUGGCUGGUGUGCGUCUUUGUUUUGAUGUCGGGCUGAACCUGACAUGGGAUCGGCCUCUGAUCUUAAAGCAAGGUUCCGCUGACGACAAAGCUGUUGCAGAUGAGGCGGGCUACAAAAACAUGCAUGCCAGCACACAGAAGCUGGCCUCGUUCGGGAGAAGAGGCAACGCCACCAGGGAUCUUUUUCGGUUCGUGAGACUGCCCAUUGCUUUGAGCUAUGUGCCCACCAAAGUGCUGGAUAACAAUUCUGCAAAGUCGGAUGAACUUAUAGAUGUCUCAUUGCCUAUGUUCGACCCGCACGAGCUGUUGGAGUGGUUGUGGGUCAACGAGAGGGUUUACAUUGAGGACACGGAAAUUCAGAAUUUUUGGGAGCACUUCAGACAGCUGGAUGUGGAAUGGGCCAAGCGGCAUCCAGCUGGCAACGACCACGUGCCAGUCACACUGAGACCGAUCCUGCACCGCACCUGCUGGUCUUUGCAAGCUGCAUUUGCUGGACGGCGACCGCAGUCGAACCCGGAGGAUCCGUGCUUGCAGAUCCCAAAGCUACACAGCCAGCUCAAGGGAUCUUUGUCUCGCAAGUUUGCAGUGGCAGAAUUCAAAGGAGAUUGGGACUGGCACAAGAUCUUCUGGCAGCUGCGUACACAGUGGCAGGCACGCCACAUUUGUCAUCUGUGCCGUGCGACCCGAAACGCCAAGCACCAUGCCAAGCUCUGCUUCGUCCUCUUUGGAUCCGAUUUCCCUCGUCGAACAUUCGAAGAGUGCUUGGUGGAGUCGAUGCCCGAUUCUCCCAUCCCUCUGGUGCUGUGUGAGGGUUUCCACCCGGGCAUCAUUCGCUUCUGUGCGAUGCAUGUUUUGGCAUUGGGGAUUUUUCAGACUCUCUGUGCGGAAGCAUUGCUCUGGAUGGUCGAGCACAGAAUCUUUUGCCCAGCUGCUGAGGAAAUGGACGAGCAGCUAAGACAUGGGUUUAUGAAUUUCAAAUCCUGGCUAUCCAAGAACAAGCUGGCAUGCAGCGGGCGUGUCUUCACGAUGAAGUGCCUGCACGUGAAGGAGCAGGACUACCCAUUUUUGGGAUACAAGGCGUUCAAUUGUCGGAUCGUCCUUGCCUGGUGUGCUGCCACUUGCUGCGCAUUCAUUAUAGCAUUUGCAUUGCGACGUCGAAAUGCCGCUGUGCUCUGCGACCCAGAGAUUCAACAGAAGAUCUGCCAGCGUGGGAACGAAGAGUCACAGCAUGACUUCCAAAAUCGCUGCGACUUGAACACGAUCAUCACGAGCUGUGUGUUCCUCAUGAGCGAAGUGCAGAAUGAUCUGGAGAGUAUGGGCCGGUACUUGAGUGCCAGCGAGAGUGAGCAGCUCUACAGUCGAGGUCAGCAAUGCCUUCGUUUCUACAGAGAAGCCGCUUUGAUAUUCGCUUCCAGAAAGCAGCUUCGUUUCUUCCUGCGACCGAAACUCCACGCGCUGGAUGAGCUACUGUAUUUAUCCCUGCGGGAACGUUACAAUCCCAGAUUCUACCAGAACUACGCAGAGGAGGACGUCCUCGGACUCCUCAAGCCUCUGGCACAGAAGGCUGUGGCCGCAACAGCUAGAAACUUCGAGGUUUCUAUGUUGAAGCGGUAUUUCUUGAGGUGGGAUUGGGCCGAAAUUCAUGCAGUCCUUCUAUAUAUAAUAACACCAUUCGAAAAUUCAGAAUUAAAAUCUUUGCAACUAUAUCAGGCUUCUUUCCGAUCGGCCUGA